UAUGGUCAAACGGGAAGAGUUGGAACAGAGCUUGUUUGUAUCUUUUUCAUUAAAGACCAAAUCAAAGAGUUCAUGGUAAACCAAAUUAGCUGGUUUUGAUAGGUUAAUAAAUCUCCAGUCUGCAUAAGAAGCAUCGAAGGAAGAAGAGAGAGAUUGAUUAGGGGCGACGGGCAUCGAAAAAGCAUAAUCUCUAAUCUCGGAGGGAGUCUCACCGUCUUGGAGUCUACUCGGAAUUCAGUGUUUCCCCACACUUCGAAGUCUCUUUUUUUUUUCCUGACAAUUUGCUGCAAAUGAUGGCGAACUCGAUGGACAAUGAUGGCAGGUCCUGAUCACGAUUAUAAUCAGAGAGGAUGUCACCAGCUGACGUCUCGUACAGUUGUGGCUCUUGUGGAUAUCCUCUGAACUUGACAUCCUCUAAUCGAAUCACAUCUGACAUAGGUUCUGAAUAUAAAAAAUCCAUAAAGAAAGGAUCAAUCUCAUUUGAUUCAGUGGAUCUCAGCCGGUUUACACAGGUUGAUAAAAUAAAUUGUUUUCCUAUCUCUUUUUGUGGUCAUCAUUCAAAGUCUAAACUGCUUUGCCGCAAAUGUGGUGUUCAUAUUGGUUACGGAUAUAUUGACUCACCUGCCCUUUGUGGAUUCAACCCAGCCAGUUCAUCUAGUUCCCAUAGGAAGUUCACUGUAAAGAUUCGAUCAUUACAGCCUUAUUCGGAGGAAUCUUAAAAGGGUUGGCAUGGAAGGUUUUACAUCAAUCAUGCACCUGCCAGAUGACUGCCUUGCCUUUAUUUUUCAUCGUUUAAAUAGUAGCAUUGAUCAUCAAUCAUUUGGCCUGACUUGCCGGCGAUGGCUCAAUAUUCAAAAUUUGAACCGUCGGUCAUUGCAGUUCCAAUGUUCAUUCACCAUAUUAAAUCCUCCCACAUUAUCUACGAAUCAUUUUUGCGUUCAAGCAUCCCAGCUCCAUCGGUUACUAAGCCGCUUUCGACAUUUAGAAUCAUUAUCUUUAUCUGGUUGUACAGACAUAACUGAUUCAGGAUUGACCUGCCUGCAAAGCUAUGGUUCAAAUUUGCAGAAUCUUCAUCUGGAUUGUUGUUCCAAUGUCACUGACUAUGGUCUAUCCUUGAUUGCUUGUGGUUGCCCCUUAUUGAUGGCAAUUAGUCUCUAUCGCUGCCUCAAAAUUACUGAUAAUGGGUUAGAGACUUUAGGUAACGGUUGCUUGUCCUUGAAACACGUGAACCUCUCUUAUUGUUCCCAAAUCUCUGACAAAGGAUUAGAAGCUCUCGUGCAGAAGUGCCACCAACUUCAGGCAGUUAAGAUAUCAAACUGUGAUGGUAUUGCUGGUGUGGGCUUUGAAGGGUGUUCAGAAACUCUAGCUUAUGUGGAAGCUGAUUCUUGUAAACUAACGCCGGAAGGGAUAAAGGGAAUUGUUAGCGGUGGUGGACUAGAGUAUUUAAAUGUUUCCUGUUUAAGUUGGUCUCCUUUUGGAGAUCCCCUGGCAGGAAUAGGAUUUUCCUCAAACCUCAAAUUCCUAAACUUUCGGAUGUGCAGAGCUGUUUGUGAUGCAUCGAUUGGCGCAAUUGCCGAGGGAUGUCCGUUACUUCAGGAAUGGAAUUUAGCCUUGUGUCAUGAGGUCAAGCUAUCUGGGUGGCGAGCAAUUGGAUUAAACUGUCAGAAUCUGGAGAGAUUACACGUUAACCGAUGCCGCAAUCUUUGUGAUCUUGGGCUGCAAUCUAUACAGAAUGGUUGCAAAAGUCUAUCAAUUCUUUAUAUGAAUGGCUGUGUUCGCUUAUCAGCUACAGCAAUAGAGUUAUUUAAGUGUCAUAGAGCUGAUGUUAAGAUAAAGGAAGUAGAGAUAAUGAGUAUCAACCCUAACUGGGAAUACAGAUUAAAUUCUUGAGCUUUCAAGAGAAGAAUUUGCAAACACAAUUAUGUUUUAACAUUAUUUUGUUUGGAAAGAUCUUUACAUAGAAGUGUCUGAGACUUUUGUGAGUGUUUUUUGGAUUAUAUACUUAAUUUGGAUGCUAAAGAUGGACCUUUUAUGUUCAUUAUGAUUGUGAUAUAGUCUUAUUGGUAGAGUA